AUGUCAUCGAGAAUCGUUUCAUCUACGAAAUUUAAAAUUGUAAUUCAUUGUUCUUCUGUGCAAAUAUUUCAGAAAUUAGUGUUAAGAAACAGCCUUAAAGCUGAUUCAACAUAUUAUACAACAGGUUGUUUAUUAGCUGCUUUCACUCUAUUUGAAAAUGCGCAGGCGUUUCACUUCGUUGCUAUAAUAAGAAGCAACAGGCAUGAAAAGCAACUAUGGUAG